AUGUUAAGAUCAUUAGGCAACAAAUUUAAUAAUCUAAAAGUAUCAUAUAGCAAUUCAAUAAGAUAUUAUAGUAGUAAUAGUAAUAAUAGUUUUAAUAGUAGUUCAAUAACAAUGACACCACCCAUUGUAUCGAUUCAACGCAGAGUUGAGAAAUUGAAAGAGUUGAUGGCAGCUCGAUCGCUGAAUGUCUAUGUGAUUCCAAGUGAAGACGCUCAUCAGUCAGAGUAUAUAACGGUGCGUGACAAACGUCGUGAGUACAUCAGUGGAUUCACCGGUAGUUCUGGUGCCGCCGUCAUCACCAGCGAAGGUCACCGUCUGCUCUGGACCGACGGUCGCUACUGGCUGCAAGCGUCACAGCAGUUGGACGCCACCUGGAAGGUAAUGAAAGAUCGUGUCGCCGGCGAACCAACGAUCGAGGAGUGGAUCGCCACCACCAUGCCCGCCAACACACGUGUCGGAAUGGACAGUCGUCUCAUCUCAAAGAGCGCUUUCGACAAGUUCAAAUCGACAGUUGAGAAGUCUGGUCAAACCGUUGAAACCUCCGAAGUCAACCUUAUCGAUCAGGUGAGAGAGCAAUUCGCCAGCGAGGAGCCAGUACCAGGCUACCCAGCCAACCCAAUCUUCUUCUUACCAGUCGAGUUCUCUGGAAAAGCAUCGUCCGAGAAAAUCCGUGACAUCCAACAAGAUAGUCUUGUCAAAGAGAAUGCAGACUACAUGGUUAUCUCUGCACUCGAUGAAAUUGCAUGGCUAUUCAAUUUAAGAGGAUCUGAUAUUUCUUUCAAUCCAGUAUUCCUUUCAUAUGCUAUUGUUGGAAGACAGAAUGUCCAGUUGUUUGUCGAUGAAACAAAGAUUCCAACCGAUGUCAGAAAAGAGUUGGCUGGCGUUGAGAUUCUGCCAUAUGACAGCAUCUUUUCCGUGCUCAGAAAAUAUUGCUCGGAGAACAAGAAGAUCUGGUUGGACCCAAGAUCUAGCUUGGCCAUCUACAACAGUGUCCAGAAGGAACACCUCUUUGAGAAGACCAAUCCAAUAUUGCUGGCCAAAGCCAUCAAGAAUGCAACCGAAGUAGAGGGAUUCCGUCAGUGUCAUAUUCGUGAUGCCGCCGCUCUCAUUCAGUUCCUCGCCUGGAUGGAGGAGGAGAUGUUGGUCAAGAACAACACCGGUCUCACAGAGUACUCGGUGGCUGAGGUUCUCGAGCAGUACCGUGCCAAACAGAAGCACUACGUCAGUCUGAGUUUCGACACGAUCUCGUCGACCGAGGGAAAUGGCGCGAUCAUCCACUACAAGCCAGAGCCAGAGACCUGCAAGAAGAUCGCCAGAGCCAUGUAUUUGGUUGAUUCCGGUGGUCAGUAUCGCGACGGAACCACCGAUGUCACCAGAACCGUCCACUACGGCACACCCAACCCUCACGAAGUCGAGUGUUACACCCGUGUCCUCAAGGGUCACGUGCAGCUCUCGAUCGUCAAAUUCCCACUGAAAGUGACCGGUAAGGACAUUGACUGCAUCGCGCGUAUGUCACUCUGGCAAGUCGGACUCGACUAUGCCCACGGAACCGGUCACGGAGUCGGUUCGUUCUUGAACGUCCACGAAGGUCCCCAGGGAAUCACACACCGUCAGGUCGCCAACCCACCCGUACUCCAACCCUAUAUGACCGUCACCAAUGAGCCUGGCUACUACGAGGAAGGCAAGUUUGGAAUUAGAAUCGAGAAUGUCAUGGUUACCGUACCAGUGGACACACCGUUCAGCAAGCAAUUCCUCGGAUUCGAAACGGUCACCGUUGUGCCAUACGAACGUGACCUCAUCAACGUCUCGAUGCUCACCGACGAAGAACUCCUAUUUGUAAACAACUAUCACCAAAAUGUAUUAUUAUCAGUCGGUCCACUCUUAGAGAGUGACCCAAGAGCAUUGACCUACUUAAAGAAAAAGACUGCCCCAAUUGCCAAACAAUAA